AUGGUGCGUUGCAAGGCUGCUCGCACACGGGACUCCCUCGUCCGUCUGCAUAUCGUUGCCCAGCAAGAGGGGGAAAAAGAGGAUGAGACUUCCUUGUAUGAAUUGGAUGUGAGUGCACUCUGUGAGGAGUUGGCCUGCAGAAUGCGUCUGUUGGGCGGAAUGGCUGUAGAGGCACCCGAGGAGGGAAUCUCCAUCGUGGAUGUACACCGCCAUCAGGUGGAAAACCAUUCUUCUCCCUCUUCAUCAUCAUCUGUUGAUAUUACUAUUAAUACUCCUAUUAAUACUACUAUUAAUACUAUUGGUUUAUCGCCUCUAAAUGUGUAUGAGGUGGUGCUGCGAUUACCGCAGGCAACUGUGUUGGCAGUGGCAACUCUUCGAGCGGCGUGUGUGUCGAUGAUGGAAGGGGCGUUGGUGGAAAAGAAAAGAAAGAAGAAGCAACAGGAACAGACUGUACGGAUAGUACCAAUUGCAGUGCGAGUCGUUGGACUGACAAGGGGAUCGUAA